GACUCUUGACCCAACCCAUACCCUGCCUUCAUUCUUAUUAACUUCAAAAAAAUAGUGAAAUCUGAGUAUUAUUAAUUUACCAUUACCACUUCACCAAUCAUUGAUAAAACUUAAAAACCAACCCUUUUUUUCUCUUUAUUUCCAUACAACAAUGACUAGCAACAACAAUGGCAACACUCACAACACCAAAAAUAGUGACAACAACAACUGGUUGGGCUUCUCUCUUUCUCCUCACUCACCUGAGCCUUGUAACUUCAACUACCAAAACAUUUACUAUGGUGGAGUUGAUGGUGGUGGUGGUGGUGGUGGUAUCUACUCCACUUUUCCCAUUAUGCCCCUCAAGUCUGAUGGCUCUCUUUGCUUAAUGGAUGAUGUCACAAGAUCACAAGGGAUGGUAGGAUCAACACCACCAAAACUUGAGAACUUUUUUGGUGGUGUAACAAUGGGGACCUCAGAGUUAGACACUAAUACAAUGUACUACCACCAAAACUACCAUAUUCAACCACAACACAACCAAGAUUACUCUACCUUGUACCCAACACUACAACUACAACAACAACAACAAGUCAACAAGCUUGUUGGUGAUUCAACUUGUGGACUUUACUUACCAUCUGUUGGAGAUCAAGGGUGGGGUGCUGCUUCAAACAGUUACAACCAUUCUGGUAGUGAUGGUGGUUGUUUACAGUCACUUAGCUUGUCUAUGAGCCCUGGUUGUUCUCAGUCAAGUUCUUGUGUCACUAUAUCACAACAACACAUAACUAGUGGUGGUGGUGGUGGUGAUAGUGUUGUUGAGCCUGUGGUGGUGGUGGUGGAUGUGAAGAAAAGAAGGUCUGAGAAGGUGAAUCAAAAUAAGCAGAUUGUGCACAGAAAAUCUUUGGAUACAUUUGGUCAAAGGACAUCCCAGUAUAGGGGUGUCACCAGGCAUAGAUGGACAGGUAGAUAUGAAGCUCAUUUAUGGGAUAAUAGUUGCAAAAAGGAAGGCCAAACUAGGAAGGGAAGACAAGUUUAUCUGGGGGGUUAUGAUAUGGAAGAGAAAGCUGCUAGAGCUUAUGAUUUAGCUGCUGUUAAGUAUUGGGGACCUUCAACUCAUAUUAAUUUUCCGUUGGAAAGCUAUGAACAAGAACUUGAAGAAAUGAAGAAUAUGUCUAGACAGGAAUAUGUUGCUCACUUGAGAAGGAGAAGCAGUGGUUUUUCAAGGGGUGCUUCGAUAUACCGAGGCGUGACAAGGCACCAUCAACAUGGUAGAUGGCAAGCGCGCAUUGGUCGUGUUGCGGGGAACAAGGAUCUUUACCUAGGCACAUUUAGCACCCAAGAGGACGCAGCCGAGGCAUACGACAUCGCCGCGAUCAAAUUUCGCGGCGCAAAUGCGGUUACCAACUUCGACAUAUCUCGUUACAACGUAGAAAGGAUUAUGGAAAGCAAUACCCUUUUAUCCGGGGAACAAGCAAGGCGAACCAAAGACCCCGACCCAAGAAACCAAGCGGCACCAAACCAACCUCACACCGAUGAACCAAAAACCAUCACCAACGAACCCAUCGCAACCAUGUUUCUUGGGGCCCCACAACCACUUUCGGGUUCCAAAUCUUUGACCCCAUGGAUCCCAACCGCAACCGAAACAACAACAACCGGGCCGUUGAGGUCUCAUAUCCCUAUUUUUGCCGCAUGGACCGAUGCGUAGUCGAUAAGGCCACAAGGUAUGGGAUGGUCAUUUUCUUGGUUGUAUUACUUUUGUUGUUGUCUUUUGGAGGGUAGUUUGGAUAUUAUGUAGGAUCUUGUAGGGUUCUAAUUGCUAAAGUAUGAAAAACUAUUUUGAAAAAAA